AUGGACGCGGGGGGCGGCCAACAGGAGCAGCCCGCCAAGCGGAAGAGGUCCGACGAGGGGGAGGGACGGGGGCAGGAGGAGGAAGCGGAGGAGGGGAUGGCGGAGGGAGAGGGGGAGGAGGAGGAGGAGAAGGAGAAGGAGCCACAGCCUGACUUGGAGGUGCGCCUGCGCCUGGCGGAGAGCGAGUUGCGGCUGCGGCGGGAGCAGGAGGCGGCGCUGCGCGCGCGGCUGGGCGAGGCGGCGCUGUGGGCGGCGGAGGCGGCGCGCGCGCUGGGCGCCGAGCGGCGGCGCGGCGAGGUGAAGGGCGCGGCCGUGGCCGCGCUGGAGGCGCAGCUGGGCGGCGCGCGCGAGGCGGCCGACGGGUUGCGCGUGCGCCUCGACGCCGCGUGCGCGCAGCGCGACGCCCACGCGCGCGCCGCCCAGCUGCGCGACGACGAGGUGGCGCGGCUCAAGCAGCAGCUGCUGCAGCACGGCCAGCACCUCAGCUGCCAGCUCGACCUGGAGAACGCCGCCGUCAAAAACGUUAAAAUGCUUGAAGAAGAGCAAGAAAUGCUAAAACAAAGUGUUACCAAAGUAUCCACAAUUAGUCUAAAAAUGGAAAAGGGCCUGAAUCACUACUCUUGUAAAGAAAAAAUGUGGCUUGAAGAGAGAAGAACAUUGGAAAAGAAAGUAGUAGAACUUGGAGCUGAAGUGGAGAGUGUGAAAAUACAAUCAAGAAAAACAACUACCGAAAGAAGCAAAUACUAUGAAAGCAUUAUUUCUGACCUUCAACUCAAUCUUAAAAAUGAAAUUGAGAAAAAUGCUAAGCUAUUAAAAAAGAUUGAAUGUAUACAACGUACUGAAAUGAAUUAUGAACAAAGAAUAGAAGAACUUAUUCAUCAGGUUCAUGAAAAGAAAGAGCAAAUUGAUCUUUUGGAAAAGGAAAAGGCAGACCUUCACAACAAGUUGAAACACAAUGAAAGAGAAAUGGAGAUUUUGGAGAGAAAGCAUAAAUAUGAACUGGAUUACGCUUUGCAAAAGCCUCUUGCCUUUAGUUGUGAGACACAGACUGAUGACCAAAAGGAAGACAACGCGCAUUUUCAAGCGAAUUCUUCUGGCUGCGCUUUAUGUCGUGCUCGAGCCCCAAACAUCUCUCCACAAAAGCGUCGAGGCCGAGAAAGUACGUCUCCUCACACUAUCCAACCAAGCAUUUUAAGCAUUCCACUAAGUCAAAAUACAGAAGGACACGGAUUCGAACCCUAUUUUUCUCAUUACAAUAAACCUUUUAUGCCUUACUACACUGUGCCAAGCACUGACCUUCAUGGUAAAAUUGAGCCUAUUUCAUUAGAUUCACUUGGACCAGUGGAUGAAAGUGAGAAUCUUCAGUGGUACACUAGGAGAAAUGAUUUAGAAGAAAAUGUGCCGCAGAGGUCAACAGUUAUUAACCAAAACACUGCAACGUGUUCUCUUACUUUAAAUAACGGAAGAAAUAGUCCUCCAAACGAUGAAUAUAACCAAGCUUUAAGAAAUACAAUUUUUCAUGAAACCCAAAUUUCUACAGAAAGUGAGGGUCAGAAAGAAAAGGAAUCUCCAGCACCAGAAAAGGUUGAAUCAUGUCAUAAAAAACAUGACGAAAAUGAAAUUGCUGCUCCUACAAGACCUCUAGACAUUAAGACUCAAUUCCCAGCUGUUGUGCCAGAGAAUGAAUAUCAAUCUCAAACUACUAGUAAAAGCAAUGAGAAACUAGCAACAUUUUCUGAAGUUUCACAGAAUAUUACAGUGGACGAAAAUGUCAACAGAAACCCAUCUAAUGCCUUAUUGUCAGAAAAUACUUCCAUUCAUACAACUAUUGUGUCCUCAGUCCAAGACAGUAACGUGGACACACCAGAAAACACUGACAAGAAAUUACAUCAAAGCACAAAGUUUAAAAGGCGAGUGCUUAAAGUAUUACACUGAACUAAAACGUGAACUGAACGAGUUAUGAGGCGCUGAAAAGAGCCUCAAUGCCAAGAAACGUUUCUCAUUUUACAGAAAUUCUCUUGAAAAGUAAUAAGAGAAGAAAUGUAGGUGACAACAUUUCAACUACGUUAUACUUAAAUGAUAGUAAUUCAUUGAACUUAAUAGUUUUCAACUUGUACAUUCAGGAGAUUUCUUUCUAAGCUAGAUGUACUGUAAUUUACAUAUUAGUAGCUAUUGACAACCUUCUUUUAUGCACUCUAUACGCAUAUUUCAUUUCACAAGGGAAGCUUCAAUUAAAAAUAUCACAUAAGACAGUAAUAUUCAAUGAAAGGUUUUAUGAACACGUGUCAUAAGUACUGUGACUGAUUCUUAUCAAAGAGUAGAAUAUUUUGUUAUUUGUUUUGAAAUCAUUACGUCUGCUAUUGCUUUUGAAGGAACAAACCUUUAAAUAUCAGUAUUUUAAAGGAAUCUUACUUUAUAGGUUUUUAUUUGGAAAUGUAUAAAUUAACUUUAAUUUAACUAUUCCCUAAUGUCAGAAAAAUUGUAAAUUAAAUGGAGUUCUGAUGUUAUAUUAUUAUAUUUAUUAGAAUCAAAUUGUAAAAUGCUCAUUAAUGAACUGUUUUUUUUUUCUUCAAAUACUCUAAUAUUUUUAUUCUUUGCUAAUAAAACAAGAUUUAAAAUUCUAUUAUCUGCAU